AAUAUUAGCUGGAUAGCUAGUUAAUUACUCUUAAGUUUAUCACUGAUAUCAAGGAUUUUUAUUUUUCCUUUAAAUAUUGAAACAUUUUAUCACCCAUCCCUACUAUUGCAUAUGCGAAUGUAAAUUUUGGGUAUUCAAAACUAAUCCUCAGUCAAGUUUUGUCUAUUGAAAAUAUAACUUGCAACUGUAGUUUAGUGCAGUUAAAGCUAAAGUGUUUCAUUUCUGCACCAAUAGCUUCACCAAACAGUAUUGCAAAAAUAAUCACUGUUUUCAAACAGAUUCCAGAAAACUCCAUUGGUCUUCUAUUGGUUGUACAAACAGAUAGUCCUGCCCCUUACACCGCUGUUAAAGCCAACGUUGCUGUGUUGGGACUGGACAACCCCUCAAACAAACAGAGGAAUGUUUUGAUUGCAUGACAGAGACAGUGUUUACACUUAGCUAAAAUCAACCUAAAAAUGGCUUUCUUAUAGUUAACUCUGCAUAUUUAGAUGGGAUUACACACAUCAGCUUUAACUAUUAUUUUUUCAAUUGUAUGAAACUAAUGUUGGCACUCUCUCAGAUGACUAGGUGUGCAAGUUGUUGCCUCACUAGAGACUAAUUGAGAGAAAUGGCAACGGCAGAACUACUUAAUUAUAUCAACAUUGUAUUUUACUAUAGUUAUAUUUUUGUAGCUUCCAGUGAUUAUCGGGUUUCAUAAAGCAUGACACACCCUCACCAUUCAGUAGAACCUGCUGUGCAUGGCCAGUCUUUUCUCUCCUGUAAAUAAAACUGUCAUGCUAUAAAAAUCUGAGGUUGUGUCAUGGGCCUUCUGCAUUGUUGCAUUCAGAGUCAAAGGUCAAGUCAAGAACAUUAGAUAUAUAUACUCUGACUGGAUCUGAGCUUGCAAUGCCAUAGCAGUGUUGCAAUUAACUGUGUAGUGGUUUAAAGUGUAUGAGUUCACUGAGAAAUAAUUCAGUGAAUUCAAAUACAGUGUGACCUUACCUGAAAAAGUAGGAUUAUUUCUAACUUUAUCCUCUGUAUAGAGUAGUUAAGCCAUUUGUCAUCGUAUUUAAAAAAAGAAAGUGUCCCACUUUAUGUUUUCACCCUAUUUUCUAUGCCAUAACAGUUAUGAUUAAGAGUAUGUUGGUUUAUUGUGUAUGUACCCUGAAAAUUCUGAACUUAAACAAUUUAGUUAUCUUUUUUACAAUUUGUUUGUUUUUCACAUGGCUGUCUACAGAAUUUCUUCCUCGCUGCCUCAAUGACAUUUUAGUAUUUGUUCACAAAUAACUCCAAAUAUUUUGUAUUGCCACCAUGUGGUGAAGCUUUGAACUGCAGUAUUUGGACAAGAGUGUGUAAACAAUCAGUUUUCUUUGUUAUUCACUCAUUAAUUUUGGUUUUGGGGUCUAGUCUCACAUAUUCACACCUAGCUUUUACAUUGUCAGGUUUAUAUUGGGUGUCUUUGUACAUUAUAUAGCUGAUAUAUUUUGUAUUUAACCUGCUCAAUAACAGCAUUAGACAACAUUUCUACUAACUGCCAUCUAUUUCAGGUAUUAAUGCACAAUUUUGACAGUUCGAUUUAGAUAACUCACUAAAUCUGACAUGUUAACCACAUCCUAAAGUUCACCUUUACAUCUGAUCUAGUCAUUCUUAUGUAGUCUCUUCUCCUCUGUUCCCAAUAUCCCCCCCAUCUCUGAGGAUCCCUGAGUGAGUUCUUCAAUGAAGAGCCCCUUUUAGUGUGGUGUAAAAAAGAGGAAGAGGAGGAGGAAGAUGAGAGUGAGGAUUUAAAGGGCAGUAUUGCAUUCUGUUUGCAGGUGGAACACGCAGGCACUCGUACAUAUUACUUCAGUGCAGAUAGCCAGAAAGAACAGGAGGAGUGGAUCCAAACCAUGAGUGAAGCUGCCAGGGUCCACGUUCCAGCCACACCUAGAAAUAAAUCUGAGCCCAUCCGUGCAGCAGACCAAACCGACAUGGUAGCCAAAAGACUCGAACCCAGCUCUCACACAGAGAACAACGGCCAGAGACCAGACCACCACGAGCCUGUCAAACACGAGCUCAACGGAGGAGAGACCAGAGACACCACACCCAGCACCCCAGUGACCCCAGUGACCCCAGUUACCUCUGUUAUAGAGGGCAGGAUGAGGGAGAAAGGGGGACCUGCACCCCAUCACCCCAAUGGAUGGGGUAACUAUGGUCCUCCCAACGGUUCACGAUACCAGUCCCAGGAGAACAUGAGGGACAUACGGGAGCCUCAGGAGAAUGUGGUGAUGCGAAGGGGCUUUGUGCCCAGGACGGCACCAGAGAGACUUGCCCAGAGGAAGAGCUCCAUGACCCAGCUGCAGCAGUGGGUGAACCAGCGCAGAGCCAUGGUACCUCAGGAUGACCUGCACAGUCCAUCCAGGUACUACACAGUAAACCGCGGUAUGUCACCAGAAUUGUAUGGCAUUUACGGCGGGCCUCCGUAUGUGGAGGAAUAUCCCCUCUACCCACCCGGUGUCCGACCUGAGAGCAUAUGCUCGAUGUCAGCUGCGUAUGACCGUCCGUCCCCUCGCUGGACUGUGGAGGACAGAAGGAGGUCAUUGCGAGACGGACCCCUGUAUGGCCAACCUCGAGACCCUCAGUGGAUGAUGGGACCCCAUGGCCCUCAUCCUGGCUAUUAUCCCCAGUUGGACUCGGCUCAGAACUCUAUGAGACGGCUUUCCAUACAGCCACGGUCACGGUCGGUUCCCCGCUCGCCUUCCUCUUCAUCAGGAGGACCAUAUUCUCCUCACAGCUUCGCCUCACCUGCCCGAUCACCCAGCACCAGGUUUGAUCGGGGGCCUGGCCGACUCAGAGAAGAGGGUAUAUAUGCUGAUCCCUCAGUCUACGGCCUGCGCCGGUCACUCAGCUCACCCAAGUAUGAUUUCCCUGGAGAUCGCCGCUCCUACAGUCAAGGAAUGUACCAUUAUAACUACCCAGCAUCCCCCUCUCUCCAUAGUAAAAUGGAGGACAUAUUAGACCUGCAGCUUCAGAGGAACCUGGAGUAUCUAGAUCAGCAGGUGCCUCCUUUCCAUGAUAUGUACAGUGACCUACAUCCCACACUAAAGCUUAAUGAGAUAGAGACCAGUAAACUCCUGGGUCGUCUGUGUGAGCAUAGUCAACUUCUGAAAGAGCAGGAGGCUGUAGUUCAUCAUUUGCGAAUGGAAAAGGACAGCCUAGAGGGGGUGCUGGUAGCCACACAUCAGGAGAUGGAGCUGUACAGGAACCAGCCGUUGGCCAUGGAUAAACUUCAGAUGAAAAAAGAAAGUCUGCAAAACAAGCUGAUUAAUAUCAGGGGAGAGCUGUCACAGGCUUCAAGUACUCUGACCACCACCCGAAUGGAGUUUGAGGCUUUGGAGGACGAGGUGAGCUCAAUCCAUGGUGACCUGUGGGAGCAGCUGAACGCUGGAGGGCAGAGUGAGCUUGUACACAGGCACAUUCAGAAGGAGUUUUGGAGGGUUCAGGAUGUUUUGGAUGGGCUGCACAAGAAUAACCUGUCCCGUGGCACGGACACUGCCAAGCACAGAGUAGCCAGUGGAGCGUCUGGAUCAUUCAGCACAAACAGUCCUGCAAGCCCUUUGAGUUCAGUGAGUCUAACAAGUCCUCUUAGCCCCUUCUCUCCUGUCCCUGGCUCUCAGGCCUCACCUACUAAACAGCUGGCCACAGAGGAGGUUGGCCCUCCACGACCUCCACUUCCUAAAUCUUACCGGCCCCUGGAGUCCUCCCAGUCCUUCCCCCCCUCCAUCCCUCCCCUGCCCUUAGACAGCAAUGCCUGGCUGCGGAGCAUGGGUCCCCAUUCAGACAUCCACCAGGAAGUCUACAAGGACGACGCAGAAUUCCACAGCAGAAAGCACAACUACAUCUCGCAGGGAGAAAAGACCAAUGACUUUGAAACCGAGCAGGACAGGCAAUCCAACCAGAAUAAAGUUGGAAUCAUUCCACCCAGGACCAAGUCGCCUUCAGAAGACAAGAGUAAUACUGAUGUCCAACGGAGAAAUGGGAAAGUGUCCAACGGUCACAUUUCAAGGGAGAGGCCAAAGAGUGCUGUGUUCCCCGCAGAGGUGAAGUCUAAAAUGAGCGUGCAGGAACAGAAUGAGAGGAUACGAAGGAACCAGAGUAGUUCCGUAAGAGACAAAAGGCGCAGCCUCAACCUUUCCAGCAGUCAGCACAUUGACGGAUUAAAACCCUCCACCAACUACAGAGUGCAAAAGAAAGUCAGACCGUUUUGGAACGACAUGCGGGUCCGGAGGAGAGUGACGGCAGAUGAGGUGGAUAUUAAGGGUCUGGAGGCAGCAGUGAGGGGAGAAGGUGUGGAAUCACCCAGGCAGGAAAUCGCUCGCUUGCGACGACAGGUGGAGCCUGAACACUAUGACCUGGACAUCAGCAGAGAGUUGUCCACCCCAGAUAAAGUUCUGAUCCCUGAGCGAUAUUUAGAUGUUGAGCCCAGUACACCACUCAGCCCUGAAGAGAUGCGGGAAAAACAAAAGAAAGUGGAGAGAAUCAAGACACUCAUUGCCAAAUCAAACAUGCAGAAUGUGGUGCCGGUUUUGGACGGGCCGGUGGAGGGACCAAGUAACCCAGAGCAGCAGCUUCAUGAGCAGGAGAAGCGGAUUGAGAUUUCCUGCGCACUGGCCGCUGAGGCCUCACGCCGUAGCCGCCUGCUCUCCGCCCAGUGCGUCCCCAGUCCCCCUGCCUCCCCAACCAGCCUGGUCCCUCCCCCUUCUGCUGACUACUCUGACUCCUCCCACAUCAUGAAGGUGUGAAGCUCAAGCUCUUGCAGCUGUGAAAUUUGAUGGUGAACCCUUCUGAGUGUCUAACGGAUAAAGAAAAGACGGGAAAAAAGAAAACCAACAAAAUAUGUUUUGCCUCUGCCAAACAUUUUAUUUAUUUCGUUUAACACCAUGCAGAGAAUUAUUACAGCGUGUUUGGAGUGGAGUCUGUGGGGUGUUUGUUCAUUAUCGAGGUUAUCUGCCUUUCUAUCUCCAUGCAUUUCUCAUUCAAGGCCUUUUUGAGGAGUGUAACACAUGGCAGAGCUACAUUCUGUAAUUCAAUUAAUCAACUGUUUUGACUUGGCUUCGGAGGAUGGCAGUUAUAUUACAAAAGCUAAAAAACUAGCCAGGAAGUGGAACAUGUUUACAGAUUCAUAUCUGCUCUUGGUCACAUUACAGUGACUAUAUACAGCAAAUUCAUACUACAAACACUGGGUACAGCCGCUCAGGGUGGAUUCUGCAGACAUAAGUACGUUUGGGACAGGAAAGGGUGUGUCCGGAAGACCAAGAAAGACCAAGAUGUGACUGGAGGAAAAUAGUCAUGGUAAAGGAAGUUGUAGUUUUUGACAGGAAGUUGUGAAUCCAGACCAAGGACUACAAGAAUGUUGUCGAGCUUCGUUUAACUGUAAGUCAUUACUAGAGAGAUUUGGAACUACUGGUAUGGUAAUUAUCUGUAUUCAACACACUAGACACAAUCAACCACUGUGGAUUUAUCUUGGGACGAUGGAUGGGAGCCCAAUGUGAUGUAUCUUAGAAAAAUCACAAACUGUAGAUGUGUCCAUCACUGUCAUGAUCCAAAGGAAUUUGAAGAUGUAGGUGAAGAAGCUCUCGGUAUUGGGCACCUCCGCUCCAUCUCAACAGAGGAGUUCAAGGCCAGACUCACUGUGACUCCUCCUGGCCUCCUCCUUUCCAACGCUCCUCUGUUUCUCUCUCACUAUAGGGCUUGAAAUCCCUCUUUCUUGCCUGUCAAGUACAACAUGUCAACAUUUCAGUUUAUUAAACCAUUGUAAGGCCUUUAAUUACAGUGUCUAUCUAGGAAGAAAGCAUAUAUAUGUUGAUAUGACUAUUACUCUAAUCUUUGCAUCAAAGCCAUGUGGACUCAUCGUAGUGCUUUUACUGCUAGGACAGUAGUUACCAAAUGAUGGUACCUAAAUACUUGUGUGUGUGACAGAAUCUUGAAUGGUAGAUAUCAGAGAACAGAAAAUUGGAAGUGUCCUUAGAUGUGUAAGUCUGCUUGUUGAAACACAAUGUGUGUUGAUGCGGGGCCAGCAACUUGCAUUACAGCCUGUAUAUAUUCUGACAUUAAAUUAUGUGACCUGUUGCCCCAACAGAAUAUACAGUAAAGCCCUUAUUUGUGGAUCAUUGUGCCAUUUGGAGAUUCAUUUGGCUAUUUUUUUCUGCUGUGGCACGCUUUUUCUGUGUAAAUAUAGAUAGUACUUGACAUAGAAAUAAAUGGAACAAUAUUUUGGAUUAUUUUUCUAUCACUGGUAAUACCUUUUACCUCUGUAAUAAUCAAGCAGCUUGAUUACAAUAUAUCGUGAAGUAAAGAACAAUUUGCCAAACCAUAUAAAUCUCCUGUUUUGUACUUUGGUUCAAGUCCUAUUUAGAUAGCGUAAAGUAUCUGUGAUCUUUCCCCAUAUCAAAAUGCCAUGCAAGUUGUUAGCCCAUACUGUGCUUUCUGCUUGUCUUUUCUUAAGUAAACUCAGUUUGUCUUUGCUCUAACUCUUAACUAAUCACUGGCCUCCGUUUGUGUAUAAUAUUCAAUUCUGUGAAAAUUUGUUUGACAGAACUGUUUUUUCUUUCUCCCCAUGAGAACAGUCAUAUUAUCAUGGAUAUUGUUAUUGUGCUAUAUUCCAAAAAAAUCCCUGAAUCAAGCUAUUAACACAGUACGUGAUCUGAAAGAGAAUGGAAUUCCAGAGACGCUGAUUACCCAUCAGUUCUUCCACUUGGCAAAAACAGCCCUGAAGGCAAAGACAGAGAUAUAUUUUUAUUGUUUUUGAGAAAGAGAAAAAAAGAUCAUCAAGAUGCAUCACAUAUUUUUCUAUGAGCAUGGACCUUUGAUGUAUAAAAUGAGGUUUCAAUUGGUUAAAUUUGUAAAAUGAUUAAGAGUGUGUAGCAUUGGUAAAGGGAAUACCGAUCAAGGCUGAUAUAUUUUUAAUUUAUUAAUUAAAACUCUAAAGCAUCAUUUUGAAGGCCUUGUUUAGAAGUCAUUUUUAAGUGUUAUUUUCUACGUAAUUGGACAAAAUGGUAAAAGUUGCAGUUGAACAGUAAAAACUGUCUAAUAUUUGAUAAAACUUGUAGCAUAUAAAGUGGGAUUAACAAAUACAAAAGAAGCACAUUGGUCUGUGUAAAUAUUUUUAAAUCAGAAUUCUGUACAGGUAUGUCUUCAUAUUUACAGUAAUGCUAUUUUAAAGAAAAAACAGAAACUGCUUAAGCUAUGCAAAUCAAACAAAACAAUACUUAAUGUGCUUGCUUUAGAAGUACCCUCAUGCAAUAAAGUGAAUGUAUUUAAAAUUCA